CCGGGCUCGGCCCGGCCCGCGACGGCUCGCCGCCGACGAGUGCGCUCGCGCUGCUCGUCAAAAAUGGCGGCGGUGGCGAUUGCGGCGACGGUCGUUCAGUCGUACAGAGCUCAGGCGUCGGUCCACGGUCGUCUGUCGUCUGUUGUCGCAUUCGCACACGCGCGCGCCGCGCGACCCGCGUCGCUCCGCGAGGGCAUGGGCCUUCCGCGAUUCGAUCCCGCAGCCAAAAGCUGCUCGCUCGCGGCCGACUCUACCAUCGCGGCCGCAGCUGUUGAGCUCUCCAGAAGACUGCCUGGCGGUCCGCUGUACUACAAGGAUGUGCUGACUCGAUUCUACCUCGAAUUCUUCUACCCCCACGACUCGGAACACGAAUAUCACCCGAGAGCAGCUGAGCCUGCCUCUCCCUCUGGCCUCGCCUCCCUCUCCUUCACCCUUCAGGCAUUCGUGGCAUCCUAUGGGUCGUCCAGAGUAUCGACCUCUGGCGAGUCAGCCAGCCCCACUCCAAGUGCUCCCCACUUUGUCUUUGAGGGCGCCAUGAAGUACAGCGAUCGCCACCUCGCUGGUCUCUCCGCAGGCCCCCCCGACUGCGUCGAACUCAUCGGCGCGGGCUCUCUCGGCUACGGGACCGGCCCCAGCUUCGGCUGA